AUGUUAAAUCCGUGGUUUUCUCUCAAGCUUUUCCGCACCAUCUAUUGUGUUCGAAAACUUUGCUGCUAUCCGCGGAAAAGGGUUUUUGUUCCGCCGCAGGAUGUCCUUCUCGAAAAGAAAAAGUUCACCCGCGGCGCGCUCCUAAAAUCCGGGCGGCAGUUCUCUCAUUCCGCGGAACAAUCAAGUCCGCGGCAACAAACAGUGCUAUCUCCGCAGACAAUUGAACUACUGCAUCUUCAAUUUUCGCAUUGCAACCUUUCUACGUGUAAUGUCACGGCCCUUUCUGAUUACUGUCACUAUACACAUUGA